CUCGCGCCGCCAUGGAACGCAUCGAGGGGGCGGCCGUGGGCCGCUGCGCAUCCUCGCCCUACCUGCGGCCGCUCACGCUGCACUACCGCCAGAACGGCACCCAGAAGUCGUGGGACUUCAUGAAGACACAUGACAGUGUGACCAUUCUCCUGUUCAACUCUUCUCGGAGGAGCCUGGUGUUGGUGAAGCAGUUCCGGCCAGCUGUGUAUGUGGGCGAGGUGGAGCGCCACUUCCCAGGGUCCCUGACAGCCAUGGACCAGGACAGGCCCCGGGAGCUGCAGGCGGCCCUGCCCGGCUCGGCGGGGGUGACGUACGAGCUCUGCGCCGGCCUCGUGGACCAGCCAGGGCUCUCGCUGGAGGAGGUGGCCUGCAAGGAGGCUUGGGAAGAGUGCGGCUACCAGCUGGCCCCCUCCGACCUGCGCCGGGUCACCACGUACAAGUCUGGCGUGGGACUGACCGGCUCCAGCCAGACCAUGUUCUAUGCAGAGGUGACAGACGCCCAGCGGGGCGGCCCAGGCGGGGGCCUGGCCGAGGAGGGUGAGCUCAUUGAGGUCGUGCACCUGCCCCUGGAUGGCGCUCAGGCCUUUGCCUACGACCCGGAUGUCCCCAAGACCCUUGGUGUCAUCUUUGGUAUCUCGUGGUUCCUCAGCUGCGUGGCCCCUGGCCUGAGUCCCCAGUGAGACUCCAGGGUGCCUGGACAGAGGCUGGUCCUGACCACUCGCCCUGCAGACCGAAUAAAGGCUUGUGUCCCUCCA